UGCGGCGUCGUCUGCUCGCCGAGCAGGUAGCAGCAGAUGAGAAACACGUUGGGUCGUCUGCUCCGUCGUCUGUCCGUCUGCUCCGCAUCGACGUCGUCGUUUGCUCCGAGCAGCGGCUGCGUUCCGCGCGCCGCGGUGAUCAUCAUGUGUCUACGCCGGCAGCGUGCGCCGGCUUCGGCGGUGUGACAGCAGUGAUUCUCGAGUGAUUAAUGUGGUGCGUCCCCGUGGAGCCGUGGAAUUGUACAGAACACGAGUGCCGGUGGGCGGCCACCUAGAAACGCCGGCGCUUUUUUCGCACGCUAAACCUCCGACAUGAGGUCCAAUCACAACAGGUGUCCCCGUCCGCCCGAAUUCUAUGACCGGGCUUACGUGGGCGGCCGGCCUCAGCCCAGCCGGCACCCGUCGCAGCAGCAGCACCACCACCACCACGCGCACCACCUGGUGGGCCACCCGGCCUCCGUGGCCCACUCGCACCACCACCAGCCCUCGGUGGUGCACCACCAGCAGGCCAGCUGCUCGUCGAGCGGGGGCUCCGGCUCGAGCAGCGUGCACAGCGCCGCCUACCGGCCACAGGCGCCCCUGGUCAAGGGCCCGGCUCCGGGCAGCGCGGCCAGUGCGGCGCGGGCGCGCAGGCGGAGGAUGAAGUGCCUCAUCUCGCUCGGGCUCAUCCUGCCCGCGCUCGCGGGGGUCAUCGGGGUUGUUGCGUGGGCAGUGAGCGCUGAGACAGUCAUGGCGUCCGCCAUGGAGAGGACAGAGUCUCCCAUCCGAAUUCAGGUGAGCAACGAUCGGUCUUCGUACGACGACCGCCUCGACGAGCCUCCAUCGUACGCGAAGCUCCCUCCGGCCAAGGCGAUCCCUCCGCCGUCGCCGCCCGAAGAGAGCAGCAGCGGCAGCGCCGAGACGUCGAUGGACUACGCGUCCAACUCGUUGCCCGUGCUCCCAGCACAAGCCAAGCCGGGCGCCAUCGUCGAAGCCACGACCACGGGCGCCGUCGACGGCGAGAAGCCCGUGUACGUGGUGCACUUCGUGCUGGGCGACAAGGACGCCAAGGGCCGCGACAGGGUCACCACCACGACCCACAGCUUGCCGGCCUCGAGCGCGGCCCCCAGCACCCAGAGCACGCCGCCGAGCACCACAAAGCGGCGCACCACACCGAGCACCACGACCACGACGACGACGACGACGAGCACGACGACCACGACGCGGCGACCGCGGCCGACGACGAGCCAGGCGCCGAGCGAGCCGCCUCCGGCGACGUCGACGCUGAACCCGCACUCGCCCGAAUUCGCCGACAUGCUGAACCACAUCCUGAACGCCUCGAGAAACGGUUUCGGCCGCUCUCCGCAGUUCGUCGUGUUCGCGCCCAUGCCCACGGAGCACAACAAGCAGCACCUGGAGCACUUGUCCAAGGCGACCCGCUACCACCCAGUGGGCGCACCGGUGAGCCAGGAGGUGAUUUCCGCGCCGAUGCAGCACCCGCACCAGUCGCACCUUCCUCCUCCUCCACCGGUGCCGUUGAGGGUGCCGAUCCGGCCGCGCGACGAGUACCACCCUCUGGCGUCGCACCACCACCCGCACCAGCACGAGGCGGCACUGCCACCCAGGCAGCAGUACCUGCUGCCGGCGCCGCAGGUGCUCAGCCGGAGGAACGGCAGCAACCCGAACCCGUUCCAGGCGCCGCCGCCGCCGCCUGGCUUCCAGGCGAACCCGGCUCCGCCUCCGCCCGAGCCGGAGCCCAUGGCGCCGGGUUUCCAGUCCGUGGGCGGCUACAGCGCAUCGCAGAACCACGACAUGUACGCGCCUGCGGCCCAGUCCCAGUCGCCGUACAACCCGCCGCCGCCGCCACCGCCGCCGCCACCGCCGGUGUCCCACCACCACUCGCGCUACGGCUCGCCGUCGCGCUACAACGACGCCGUCGACUCUCAGCGGGGACUGCUGCACCCUGCCUCGGAGUCGGCCUUCCCCAACAAGGACCGGAGCGGGUUCGAGAUCCACGCGGGCGACUCGUACGCCAGCCACGGCAGCAGCAGCGGCGGCCACGGAGGAGGCCACGGCAAGGGCAUCACGUUCACCAUCGGCGGCGGGGACCACCAGUCGCCGCACCACGACUACGGCGUCAGUCCGAUGGGCGUCAUCAAGAACCUGUUCCUGCCAUUCCUGCCUAAGCCAAAGGUGAACCUCAAUGGAAGGGUCGUCUUCGGCGUCGUGCUCGAGAAGGGCGUGGGCCUGGGUCACAACCAGCACGGACAGCAGCACCACCACGCAGUCGCAUACCACCACUGAGUCACCGACAAACCUGUCUGCUUCCAUGACGUCACUCACUUGCACCCACUACGUAUCGCACCACCUGGACAAGCGACUGGACACAGCACCGUCUUCCCUCGCUGGUCGUGAUGCCAGCGCGCGGUAGGGCCUCCCGAGUGAGACCACGGAGGAGGCCCUCAACGCAAGGCUGGCCAUGGACGAGGGCCGAAACUGACCGAGUUAUGCACAAAAUGAACGUCUUCCCUGGCGCCUUGCCGACAAACAAGUGCUUCGCCCAGAAGCUUUGCUGUCACAUUAUGUGGUGUUGGGCCAUUCCUUUCGGUGUCAGGCAGCGUUAUAUAAAACGUCAGGUCGACUGCUCGAGCUAAUUAAUAGCCAUUCACUAGGCACGACCCUUAAAUAACCCGUACAUAACAAUGUCUGUCGACACCGGUUGGGCAGGAACUCACUACUAUGCAAAUAUUGUAUAUAAUAGAAUAUUAAGACAAAAGCUAUCUUACUGCCAGUAUUGAUACAUUUAUUUAAAGCGGCACUUUUGGCCACGAUUCAAAGGGUUAAAUAGCAAAUGCACAUCAUCUGUCAAGGGCACAUCACAGGCUGGAAAUAACCACGCCUAAUGAAGAAAACAGCCCCACUGAACUGGAAACAAAAGCGUGGUGAAUCUUGUCUUGUAGGAAAAUGGGAAUACGUCGCGACCAGCCAAGGAUGGUUUCCGUCGAGGUGCUCGUCUGCUUAAGCUGUCUGCCGUUCGGUCUAGAGCGCACCAGCGUAAGCUCCAGUUGUGUCGCAAGUGGGUCCAGCUGAAGCAUCACGGUGAUAUCCUGCUCUUCCAAAGUGCAGGUUGAGAUGCCACAACUCUCCUCUUGAACAUAUAGCCGAGAAUUCACGUCACAAGCGAGCCGCGAUCACUCUUAACCAGGAUAUACACCGCGGCUUACGACAUCACAAGCCACACGCUAACCCGCAAGGUUUCUCUGUUCGCUAUGCUGACUCGCCAUUGUGUAUAUAUGCACAAGAAGCCGGGCGUGUACUUAACUCCUGAAAACGCGUGCUCACCCGAGUUGGGAAAGUCACUUUACUAAACAAGCACUCAUCAGUCACAUGCAUCCGUCAUCGUCGUUUCAUUGACAGGGUAUAGGAGAAGGCUGGAAGGCAAGCAGAAGGAAUUGAACCAAACACAGUAUUGCUUUGAUAUGAAUUUACCAGGCUUACCAUUAAAAUUUUAAAAAGAAUAAUCUAAGGUUACCUUUUACCAUGCAGCUUGCGCAUUUUGGUUUUCUUCAUCCUGUGUAGGACUUCUGGAGGAAGUGAGAUCGUUUUGCUGUGUGGUUAAAUUCAUAUUUUCGUCACAUUCCAUUACUUGUCUGAAGUGCUGGGCUGAAACGCGGUGAUCGCAUUGCUGUUCAGUUACCCUGUUAUGAUCCUUGUUACGCAAUGGAUGACCGCUGUCAGUCAAAUCAGUUGACGCACAAGCACACGAAGUUAAAGAACGCGCACCAAGUUAUGUGACGGCUGAGCGCAAAAAAAACUUUCACAUUAAAUGUGCAAGAUUUUUUUGUAGUUGCACUUCGGCUAGAUGGAAUUAGCUGUAGAUAGUAAUUCAGUAAUCGCAUUUUUAAUGUGUCACAACCAAGCAAUACUGCAGAAGAUAUGUCUCGUAGUCUUGCCCAUUCUUAAUCGUCUAAAGCGUUAUAUCAUCUCAUUUAACCUUUCAUUUCCUCUUUUCCACUGCAAGCAGAACAUGGUUAAUGUAAGACUGUCGUUAUGUUCAGUUUUGAAUGAGAACAACGCAACGGUAAUGCAGCAGAAAGGCGCGACUACUUAUAAGUUUCUUGUUGUUGCUUUUUUUUCUUCUUUAGCGCACAAUGUCAGGCUCAGCCUUAACGUUGUUAGCCUGUAACGUAGCAUUAGAAGUAGCAGUGUGCAGGCUGUCUAGUUAGCGAGUCUUUUUACCUUGCAAUAUUGCCUGACUCACACCAGCCGGCCCCGCUCGUUGUCAUGGUUUUCGGUGAACAAAAACAAGUUAGUACUCGUCUCUCAUCGCGCCCUCCAUUUUCAAGUUGCAUCACCGCUGCGUUGUUGGUUUUUUUUCACCGAAAACCGUGCAGAGCUUGAUGAGGCUGCUGGUGGCAGAGACGUACAUGUUGCAUGGAUAAAACAAAACAAAAAAUUUUUUUGUCGUACUUGAGAUGAGGUAACAUGAGGUGAAAUAAGGGAUCAGGUGAUGCAUUCUGAGGCGAGCUAAAAAACGUCGCUUCCGAGAACUCUCGGGGAAUUCGGCUCUAAUAAGAAAAUCACGCGUAACAAGCAUUUGGAGUGGGAGGUUGCAGUGCCAUGUUGGUCUGAGAUGCUCACUCAAGCUGUAAAUGGAAAAGAUACAGCAGCACCUGUUUAGAGGCAUUUGAUGGGCAAUCGAUCGCGGAGAUCAUACGUGGCAUAUCAAGUCUUCCUGCUUAAAGUUGGUAAACAGGCAGCCAUUCCCUUUCCACCAAAUUUCAGAGCGAGCUUCCGUUCAGCAGCCAAGUUCGGGUAUAAACGAGGCCCGUCAAUGUUCGCGUGCAAUGCGAGGCUCCGGUUUCGCGGCUGCUGUGGGACCAACGAGCGGGUUCCCGUCGAAGGCGGCCUUCAAUUCGUCGCGAUGCUCGCGUGUUCAAGGCAGCUUCGGAGUUACAUUCUGGCUGCAAGUUCACGCGCAAUUUCGUGCACAAACUCGUCCAAGCCGAAAUUCGCUUGCACGCGUUUCCGAUAUGUGGUUACGCACUUAUAUAUACGCGUUAAAAAUAUACCAAUAAAAAUUUGACCGCAGUGUUAGCGAACGUACAAUAGUCAGCUGACGAGCUUUGCGUACGCCAAGAAAAAGAUCCGUUCAUUCUGAUGUUUUUGGCAUUUGUGGGCAUGUACAUGUGUAUCAUACAAAGGCGCGGUCGCUUCCGACUGCUUCUACAUUUCCAUUUCUUCACUUUCGCUCUACAGUCGCAAGACGAUCAUAACUAUAUUAAGAAUUCUAUCUUCACUUAUUAUUUUGUUUUGCGGGCUUCUUGACAGGAUGUUAAUUGACCAAAAGAAUUGCCUUCUUACUUCGUUGUAACGUUCUUUUUUGUUCUUUUUUUGUCCUGAAAAGAUAUUUUUAAUAGAGAACCAGUAAUGCAUUGGCGAGGCAUCGUAGUGGACUUCGAUCGAAUAACACAUUUGUCCUUGUUUUUGUUCUUAUACACGUCCACACAACUUGCCCAGGCCGUGAUUAUUAGAGCUCCUUGAUAACUUUAGUGUUGUAGAAUUUAUUUCGCGUUUUUCCAACGUUUAGUGCCGUUUUAUUUUACCACUCGAAUUUACAUUUUUGUUAACGGAGGUGAACUGCAGCUGCUUCUGUACGAGACGUUUCCGGAAUAUUGUAAAGAAAGAUUUUACUUACCAUAUGAGUCGCCUGAGUGUACAGUACAGUGAUGCCCUGGUUGUUGUUUCUGUGUGAACGGUUUCCUCUUUGCAUUCCAUCUUUUUUAUUCUUUGCCUGCGUCCUAAGUGGAAGAGGCUGUUGUAUAUGUCGCACGCGCGCUCAAUAAAAGAAAAUGUACUUCCGA